AUGGAGAACUCGAGAAAAUCAGGCCUAGACUGCCCACCCCACCCCUACCAAAUAUUCACCUGGCUCUACAAUUUUGCAUCUAUUUUUGUAUUUUAUUUUUUUAUUGUCCCAUCCCAGCCUUACUUAAUCCAAAUUUUGAUGUCUUCACUAUUUGGACUUUCCCAGCUGCUCCUUUUAUUCUACGCUUUUCUCUUAACCAAAUCUAACCCAACUGACCCGAUUUUGUACAAAAAGAAAAAAAUUAAUUUGGACGAGACGUAUAUUACAUUCUGCUCUUUAUGCUAUUCUGAAGUGAGCCCAGACAGUAAACAUUGUAUGAAAUGCAAUAGGUGCGUUCACAAAUUUGACCACCAUUGCAAAUUUGUUAACAAUUGCAUUGGGAAAAUAUACAUUAAAAUGGCCAUGGCGAGCCAGCCCUUUUUUCUCAACACCUGUAGCAGGUUAGGCAGGGGACUUUGUGGAAGGGAUUUGGCGCUCGGUGUGUAUAUCCGGCUAGAUUUUACUUGAUAGUGGAGGGCAACGUCAAAUUCGGUUGACCGCUGUUCAGGGGGUUUUUUACCUCAGGGUGAAUGGUUUCCAAGGUUGGAAAGGGGAGGCUCAGCUAUACCAGGUGUUCGCACUUGGCCAAUCGGGCAACUUCCUAGCGCAAUACUGAGCGUUGUGUCCCAAGCUUUGGAUUUCCAUUUGGCCAUAAGUCUGAUCAGAAAUUUUGUUUUUCAAAUUUUCGGGAAAGAUAACUCUGUUGGUGUACGGCACGGUGGCGCAGCUCAUCCAACUUCGGGUAGCUAGUGCACAUCCUCAUCCAGAAGAAGCAGCACUUUGAAGGCUGUGAGAUGGUUAGAAGUCAGCAGCCGAGUGUGGGAGCGUUACAAGUGGAGAUAGUCCUUUGGGAAUUACGGCGAACUUCUCUAUAUUUAUGUUAAUGCUAAUGCAUUGGAAAAAGUAAUUAUAAUUUAUUCCUUAAAACUGCUAUAUUGAUGGAAAUGGUGGAAACCAUCUUUUUAGUGUGCUGCACUUAUACAAUUUAUAAUUGGAGUGCUGAUUUAAAUGGCUUAAAAGAGAAGAUAAAUCAGGAUUAUGGAGAAAAUGCAGAUGUGGUGUUAAUAGCUAUUUGCUCGGCUUUUGAGUUUUUAACUAUUGCUAUAUUAUUUGCGAAUGGCUAUCUGCUAUUGUUUCAUAUUUGGCUUAUUAAACAUAAAAUGACAACUUAUGAUUUUAUAUCAAAAAAUAAGCCAAAAUCUUCGAGUAUGGAUUUAACUAGCAUUACCGAUUCAUUUGGGGCGAAAGUUACACCAACAGUUUUAAUAGGACUUCCUCAAUUUACCGUCAACAAGUAG